AUGCAAAAUCCGUAUGGUGAUCUUGUUCGUCUUGAUAUUCCGCCCGCUAGAGAAGACGCUCAAAAAUAUGCGUUUGUAGAGUAUAAGAACGUAGAAGACUGUGAAAAAGCUCUCGAACUUGACGGUAAAACCCUUCCAUUCAGCAUCGAAAAUGGCUUGACCGUUCAAAUGGCCCGCCUGGACCCUAUGCUGAGAAAGAAUAGAGCUCGUAAUUACCGUGGAGGUUAUGAACGUGGAGGUGGCAGAGACGCCCCAUAUGGGCGUAGUGGUGGGUAUGGAUAUAAUGGAUAUGGUGGCCCUGGUUAUGAUUCUGGUCGUGGCUACGAUUCUGGCCGUGGCGGCAGAGGCUCGUAUGGCUAUGGAUACGAUCAAGACGGAUAUGGCCCCGAGCCUUACCACACAUACCCAUCGUAUGGAGGAAGAGACGGCGGUGGAAGAGAUCGUCCUUACAUGCAAUAUGGUGCUCCUCCUGGUGCAUACAUGGGCGCCCCAAUGCCAUAUCCUCGCGAUUAUGAUAGCUACAGCUAUCGGGGACUGUACGAUGACUACAGAAGCCGCGAGCCCAGAGAUAGAUAUCAGUCAGAGCGUGGAGAUUACGGCGACAGAGAAUAUCGUGGGGAUCGUAGAGAUAGAGGAGGUAGAGGUGACAGAGAUAGAGAGCACAGAAAUGACAGAAAUGAUAGAGAUAAUAGAGGAGAUAGAGGAGAUAGAGAAGACAGAUUGGAGAGAUCUGAGCACGACUCUCACAUUCCAGAAUCAAGAGGUUCUGGCGCGCCGGCUGACCUGGUGCAAGAAUCGUCUAGCAGUGCACCUGUAACCAGAAAUGAAGAUGCUGAGUACGAUAGAGGCCGUUACCCUCGUGCAGACUCGCCAAGUGACAGACCUCGCUCCCGUUCCCCUAGCAGAUGA